AUGGCGGCGUGGAAUAUCAGGGGUUUCAAUCACCCUGAUAAGGUUUUUGCCUGCAAGAAAUUGAUUCAAUCCUUUCGGCUGGAUUUAAUAUGUAUUUUGGAGAAUCGUAUUAAUGUCCUGUCUCUUCAGGACCCUUUCUUCGACUCUAUGCAUUCUGUUCUUCCUUCGGAAUCUAGUUGUCAUAAUUUUCAUCUCAAUUCAUCGGGUCGCAUCUGGAUUAAAUGGAACAAUUCUAAACUGGGUUUUACGCCAUCUCUGAUCACUUCACAGUUAAUUACGGGUAUUAUUACUGUUGCCAAUCAGCCUAUUCUUCAGCUAUCAGCUAUUUAUGCUUCCAACAAUCCCAUUGAACGCAAAGCUUUGUGGGUUGACAUCUCUCAUGCAAAUCAUAAUAUUCAUCUCCCUUGGGCUCUUAUGGGGGACUACAAUUGUUGUAGAUUUGCUAAGGAAAAAAUUGGUGGGACUCCUAUCUCCAUCUCUGCUCUGACUGACUUCAAUGAGAUGAUUUUCUUGAAUGGUUUCAAGGACCUUAAAUCCAUUGGGUUUAAUUAUUCUUGGUAUAAUCAACGUACAGAUAAUCCUAUCCAUAUAAGGCUUGAUAGGGUUCUUGUUAAUGAUAUUUGGUUGGAUACUUAUGCUGAUUCUUACUGUUCCAUUCAAAAUCCUUCUUGCUCUGAUCACUCUCCUAUCAUCUUACACUCCGGGAUGGUAGCUCAUGUUCAUCACAGAUUUCUUUUUAAGAAUUAUUGGUCCAAGUUGGAUAAUUAUUGGGCUCUCCUUAUGGAGAUUUUCUCUAAACCUUGCUCAGGGAAUCCUUUAUCUCAUUUAACUGCUUCUCUUAAGCUGCUUAAAGAUGGUAUUAAAAAGGAGGCUUGGUCCAAUUCUAACUGUGUUAAACUUCAUUUGGAUGCUUUGUUGGAUAAACAAAAAGAGCUUUUGGGUACUCUUCAUUCGGAUCCUAAUAAUUUGAUGUUUAUUAGAUCUUAUAAGGAGAUUAAUGCUGAAAUUGCUAAUUUCACCUCCUUUUAUAAUUCUUGGGUUAUUCAAAGAGCUAAGGUCAACUGGUUGAAAAGAGGAGAAGAUGACUUGAAAUUUCUUUAUGCUAAAAUCAGAGCUAGGAGAGGUGCUAAUAAUUCUGUGGUGAACCUCCUCUCUACUAAUCCCAAUACUUCCAGACCUGAGAUUAUUAAAAAUAUUACAGAUUAUUUUCAGCAACUGUACAAUCCUAUCCCUCCGACUAAUCUCAGGAUUGAUUUGUUUCCUGUUGGUAUUGCUGUUCCUGAUGAUUUUGUUUUUUCAUGCACCUCUAUUGUUUCGGAUUUGGAUAUUAAAUCUGUGGUCUUCAAAGGCAAACCUAACUCUUCUCUAGGUCCGGACGGAUUUAACUUUUAUUUUUAUAAAUCAGCUUGGCAUAUUAUUGGGCCUGUUGUCUGUAGGGCCAUUCGUUCUUUCUUUAGCAAAUGCUACAUGCCGAAUGGAGUGAAGGCUACUGUUUUAGCCAUCAUUCCUAAACAUAAGAAUGCUAUGGAAAUUGCUGAUUUUAGACCUAUUGCUCUUUGUAAUUCACUAUACAAGAUCAUUGUCAAGGUGUUAGCUGAGAGACUCAAGCCUAUUAUGAAAUUCAGUUUCGUGCCAUUUAUUUCUUCUAGGUUGCUAAAAUUGAUUGGCAUUCGCUCUAUCACUAGAUGGUUUCUUCGUCAGAUUUGGGGGCGGUAA